AUGGCCUCAUCAAGUAAAAAUUUGGAACCACAUCAUAGCAGCGCUGAAGCAAAGGAGGAACAGAGGCGUCAACUCAAAUGUAUAAACAGGAGUUGUAGAAAUGUUGAUGCCCUGGUUGAUGCGAGUGAAAUAGUGUGCCAUUACUAUGACGUUGAUUACAAGCCUGGCAAAGAGGUUUGCAUGGCGUGUUUUAAACAGUGUCAUCAAUAUUAUCAAAAUAUGGAUAAGAAAUGGGAGGAGAUGUUUUUUACGGCGGAAUCCACUUCCCCUUGUUUCGAUUCAUCGAGCGAAGAAGAAGAAGAAGAAAAGCAAAAUCCUAGUACUUUUAAGGUAGAUUUACCUCCCGACCCAGAAGUUAAAAAAGCCCUUGAAGAUGAAAUUGAAAAAAUUUUUCAUAAAAACAAUCAUUUCUUUGCCCAUAAAGCUGAAUUAACCAAAGAGUAUAUUGAUAAAAAACUACCGGAAUGUAAUGCUAAUGGGGAAUACCUUGAUAAUUAUAUUGAGUAUUUAGAAAUGGAAUCAUUAAGAAAUACAGUAUAUAAUAGUUUAAAUCAACCAAUUGUAACGAGCCGCGUAGAACCUGUGGAUAUCAAUGAGUUGGAGGAUCGUUUGCAAGAGGAACAAGAAGAAAACAAUAUGCCUCAAAAAGAAAUAAAUAAGCUUAAAACCGAAAUUGAAAUGCUAACAUGA